AUAUUAUGCUUUUAAAAUGGGAUAAAACAAAAAAUAUACAGAAAGUUAAACUGACAAAUAAAUCUCACGCACUUAUAUCGACAUGCGUAACCGGCGAAGAUUUUCGCGCCAAUUUCGUAUUUUGUUGAUUAAAUCAGUUUAUUAGUAUUUAAUAAGUGAUCAGCAAUAAAUAUAUAAUUUAAUUAAAAUGAAAUUCAGAUGCAGAAUGGUGGAUCAAAAUAUUAUGCGAGAUUUUGCAACUAUUGUCAACACCAUAUCCCGAAUGGCGAAAUACUGCGUUCUGCGAUUGACACCGGACGAAUUAUGCUUCAAUAUCGGUGACGAGCGAAUACCUGUGCUCUGGGCUGUGCUUUCUCAACAAUAUCUUUUUACAGAAUAUAUCAUGAACGGAGUUUCGGAACAGGAGAAUGAAAUUUGUUUGGAAUUUGAUGCCUCCAUGUUUGCCAGAAGCUUAAAUAGUCUAAGAAUAAUGGCAAAGAGUGUUAAAAUUAAAUUGACAAAUAAGCGACAACCUUGUCUCACGUUUGAUAUUGACUUAUCUUCCCUGUCUAUUGACUCGCGACAAUGUGUACACGAUGUGCCGGUGAGGCUUGUACCACGUAAAGAAUGGCAAGAACAUAUGCCAGAUGUUCCUGAAUUUGAUAUAUCGCUAGAAGUAUCAAACUUGAAGUACCUGCGAUAUGUUGUAGAUAGGAUGAAAAAUAUGAGUUCACAAGUGAUAAUAACUGCCAAUAAAUGUGGUACACUGAUAUUAAAAAUUGAAGUGGAUUAUGCUACAGUGUCGACUCACUUUAAAGGAUUGCAAGUUUGGGAAAGCAGACAAGAAGAAGAAGAAUCUAAUGAUAUCUCUGCGACUGUGAAUCUAAAAAAACUUGCAAUGUUUUUGGGUUGGGACAUUCUCCAUCCAGAUAGUGUCAAGUGUAACUUAUUGCAGGAAAAGAUGGUAAAACUGACUUUAGAUGUAGGGGAAUAUGUUAAAAUACAUUAUUUCAUACCAGCCAUUGCCUCUUAAUAAAAAGAACUUAAAUUUAUAUUAAUAAUAUUGAAAUGCAAAAUA